GCAUCACACCGCCCCUUUAAAGCUCAACUUCGCAGUGUUUUCACAUCAGGAGCUGCUGCACAGAUUUUGCUUUCCUGUGAUGACCGCGCAAAGUAAAGAGACAACUCUUAUGUAGCACCCAUUUAAAUUUCUUUGCGGUUAUAUAUAGAUACAAAUAUAUAUAAAUAUUCGUUAAUUUAUUGCCACAAUGAGCGCCUGCCUUUCCGCCGCCCUGCUCCUCUUGCUCCUGUCCUGCUGCAGUCCUGUCCGGGGAUAUUUUGCGGAGGAGCGCUGGAGCCCGGAGUCUCCGCUCCUCGCUCCCCGGGUCCUCCUGGCCCUGAUCUGCAGAAACUCCGAGCACUCCUUGCCGUAUUUCCUCGGUACUAUUGAGCGCCUCAACUAUCCCAAGGACCGUAUGGCUCUGUGGGUUGCAACUGAUCAUAACAUGGACAACACCACAUAUCUUCUGCGUGACUGGCUUGUCAAGGUGCAGAAACUUUACCAUAAUGUGGAGUGGAGGCCAAAAGAGCAAUCCAGACAUUAUAAGGAUGAAGAUGGUCCGAAGCAUUGGACAGACCUCCGUUAUGAGCAUGUUAUGAAACUUCGGCAAGUAGCACUGGAGUCAGCUCGUGAGAUGUGGGCAGACUACUUUAUGUUGGUGGACUGUGAUAACCUCCUCACAGAUCCUGACGUUGUCUGGAAGCUCAUGAAAGAGAAUAAGACCAUCAUUGCUCCAAUGCUCCAGUCCCGUGCAGCCUAUUCAAACUUCUGGUGUGGAAUGACUUCUCAGGGUUACUAUAAGCGCACCCCUGCCUACAUACCCAUGAGGAAGCAGGUGCGUAAGGGAUGUUUUGCAGUUCCCAUGGUCCACUCCACCUUCCUGAUAGACCUGAGGAAAGAGGCGUCCAGGCAGCUGGCCUUUCACCCGCCACACCCAGAAUACAGCUGGGCUUUUGAUGACAUCAUUGUGUUUGCAUACUCUGCUCGGAUGGCAGAUAUCCAAAUGUUUGUAUGUAAUAGAGAGAUCUAUGGUUACCUUCCUGUUCCACUGCGCUCCCACAACACUUUGGAAGAUGAAGCUGACAGCUUUUUGCACUCAUUGCUGGAGGUUAAUGUGCGAAAUCCCCCAGUGACGCCCUCAAAAUAUAUACAAGUUCCUAGAAAACAACCUGACAAAAUGGGCUUCGAUGAGGUUUUCAUGAUAAACCUGCAGAGGCGGGCUGAUCGCAGAGAACGUAUGCUGAGGACAUUAUACGAACAGGAGAUUGCAUGUAAAGUCAUCGCAGCUGUAGAUGGAAAAGCAAUGAAUAUUAGUGAAGUUCAGGCUUUGGGCAUCCACAUGCUCCCUGGCUACAGUGACCCCUAUCAUGGUCGUCCCCUGACAAAGGGAGAGCUAGGAUGUUUCCUUUCCCACUAUAACAUCUGGAAAGAGAUCGUGGAGAGAAAUCUGCACACCUCCCUGGUGAUCGAAGACGACCUGCGCUUUGAGAUCUUCUUCAAACGUCGCUUGAUCAACUUGAUGAGUGAGAUUGAGGAAGAAGGACUGGACUGGGAUCUCAUUUAUAUUGGUCGGAAGAGAAUGCAAGUGGAUCACCCAGAGAAAGCAGUGCCCAAUGUACACAACUUAGUGGAAGCAGACUAUUCAUAUUGGACACUAGGUUAUAUGAUAUCAUUACAAGGUGCAGAGAAGCUUUUGAAAGCAGAACCACUAAAGAGGAUUUUGCCAGUUGAUGAGUUUCUUCCUAUCAUGUAUGAUAAACACCCAGUGUCUGAUUAUAUGGAACAGUUUGAAACCAGGGACCUGCAAGCAUUUUCAGCCGAGCCUCUUCUGGUGUAUCCAACACACUACACGGGUGACCAUGGGUACAUCAGUGACACUGAGACCUCAACAGUGUGGGACAAUGACAAGGUCCGUACAGAUUGGGACAGAGCACGCUCAGGAAAAACUCAUGAGCAGGCUGAGAUCAGCUCUGAAGCCCAGAACUCAGAUGUGCUCCAGUCGCCUUUAGACAGUACAGCACGGGACGAGCUAUGAGAGGAAGUGAAUGAGACCCUUGGAUUUAGGGCUGCAUAGGGCAAAUCCCCUUAAUUCCUUAAUCAUCUUUGAUACUUUUGAUUUAAUUUAUCCAGAUGUGACAAGGUAAAAAGGGAUACAAUGUGUCUUAUGUUUUCUAUCAUGUUGUCUGUUUGUAGUUUUUACUUUAGAAAGGCACUAGACUUGCCAUUUGGAAUGGCAUUUGAAGUACCCAACUUCUGUCUGUCAUACAGAAAUGAACCUAUUCAUUAGAAAAGAAUGCAAUGGGACUGUUACAUUUCAUUCAUCGGGCAGUUAACCAUGGCCUGAUUUGACAUUACACUGUGAAAUGCUAUUUUUCAAAAUUUCUCAAGACUUCAAAUGAACCACACUGUAUCACUGAUUUGGUUACUGAGCAAAAUCAAGACUUUUGCAGACAUUCACAUGUUAAAUCAACCGGUAAUCAUUCUAAAUUCAUUGGUCUCUGUUGUGAAAAGUCCUAAACAGGAAAAACAUUCAUGUUUCUUGCUUUGAUCACUUCUUUUAGACUUCAUAUUGCUGUGUUUUAAAUAAUCAUUAGCCAACACUUUAAACGCUUGCAGCAGGGUCACAAGCAGCAGUUGCCGUCAAACCAGAGUCAUAGAUUUACAGUACUACUGUGGAUUAUGUACCAGUGCAAUUUGUUAUUCGUGUGCCGCCACGUUCGGAUUGCUUGCACACUAAUGCCACCAACCAGCUGUUGACAUGAUUAUAGAUGAGACAAAUCGCUGUACACACCUCAAAUGUGGUGGCUUUGGGAGGAACAUGGUUAUAAAUUCCUUUUUAAGUUCCCUCAAAAAGAACCCAUGAAACCACAUCCAAACACACUCCAGUCUCUCACCACCUAAUCAUUCUCUGCUGAAUGUGGAUUUUAGCCUUUUUGGCGAGCAAGACUUGAUGAUAUACCCCUGCAAAAGAUGUGUUUCGAAUUUAGACUUUUCAUAUUAUUUAUUCUGACAUGUUUUUGCCCCACAUGGCGUCACUAAAUCUCCCAAGAUGUUGAGUUUUAUUUGUUUUGUUUUUGUUGUUGUUUUUUGUGUGUUGGGUACUAAUGGGAGCCAUUCACUCAUGGAUCUUACACAAAAAUGUUAUGGGUGCAUUUUGCCAACAAAGAAAUAAAAUGUUUGAUUUUUAA